AUGGAGUGGGUUGUGCUGGUUUUGUUGGUGCUUCUGGUGAUGAAGAGAGGAGAUUUGGAGGACUCAGGAAAUGAAGUAGAUGUUAGCCAAGAAGAGAAGAAGAAACGUCGUUGCAGUUGCGAUGAGAUUGAAGCUGCAGUUUCUGAUGGUGCUUUACAGGUGAAAUGGUUAAGCUCAAAUGCUGAUUGGAGUGUGUUGUUGAAACAAUGGCCAUAUUCUGGUGGUGUGUUCGCAAUUGAUUCACUUGCUGCCCAAAUUCAAAGGUUUAGCGUAGAAGAUCCUAAUCGUCACUUGCAACAAUUUCAUCAUGUUGUGACUAGUUUGAAGCAAGCAACUGCAGAUGCUGAUACGGCUAUGAUGACAACGUUUCCUUUCUCCCUUAUAGAUGCUGUAGGAGAAUGGUUAUUUUGCUUACCUCCUGGAAGUAUAACCACAUGGAAUGGGAUGAAGAAGUUAUUCCUUGAGAAGUAUUUUCCGGCAUCAAAAGUUGCUGUGAUUCGCAAGGAGAUUUGUGGUAUUAGACAAGUACCGGGAGAGACUCUCUAUGAGUAUUGGGAGCGCUACAAGAAGCUUUUAGCUAGCUGUCCACACCACCAAAUCAGCGAUCAACUUGUGAUUCAAUAUUUCUAUGAGGAGUUGCUUUCUAAUGAGAGAAAUUUGAUUGAUGCCGCAAGUGUUGGUGCACUUACCAACAAGACCAUUGCGGAAGCUACAAGUUUGUUGGAGAAUAUGGCUGCGAACACUCAACAAUUAUACACUCGAGGUGAACCAGUGGUAAGGAAAGUGAAUGAAGUUGGUGAUUCUUCACAUUUGGAACAUAGAAUGGGUAAGCGGCUGUCAUACCAUCAUCAUACACCGAAGAUGUUGAGCAAGAAAGUGCAAUGUACCAAAAUCAGCAAAGGCCAAGAUAUGAUCCAUACCCUAGCACAUACAAUCCGGGUUGGCAAGAUCAUCCCAAUUUCAGCUACGCCAACAAGCAAGCGGCAGUUUCCAAUCCUCCUUUUAAUCAACAAGGUGGGUACCAAUUUUUUGCAAAAGCCACGUCAAGAAACUCAAGGCACGAGUAUAGAUGACAAGUUGAAUCUCAUUCUCAACACAAUGACACAAGCUAAGCAAAAGUCAGAGAUGGAUAUGAAGGACAUCCGAACACAAAUUGGUCAACUAGCUACUACCAUGAGCAAAUUGGAAGCACAAGCAGCUGUAAAACUUCCUUCGCAACCAUUAAAUCAUAAGGACAAUGCCAAUGCUAUUGAUCUACGAAGUGGGAAACAAGUAGAGAAGCCGGUAACAUCACCGGUGUCCCCAUGA